AUGGCUAUCCCAGAUUAUAAAUUAAGUGCCGUUUUAUGCGGGCACUCCAUGGAUGUCCGUUGUGUAGCUAAAACAAAAGAAUAUUGUAUAUUAUCAGCAUCUCGUGAUAGAACCGCAAAGCUAUGGCAUCCGGAAGGGGUGAAAGAUUUCGUGAACGUCGUAACAUACAAAGGACAUAACAAUUUUGUAUCGUGCGUUUGUUGGCUACCGCCGUGUGAAGCGUUUCCCGAAGGCCUUGUCAUAACUGGAAGUAACGACAAUACAAUUCUCGGAUAUAAUCUGCAAGAUGGUGCUGUGCAAAUUAAUUUAAAAGGCCAUGAAAAUGUAGUAUGUAGUGUUGUACCAGGAAGAGAAUCUGGUAUACUUUUAAGUUCCAGUUGGGAUAGCACAGGCAGGGUAUGGAAUAUAAACUCCCCACAAAUGGCUCCGGUAGUGUUGAAGGGGCACCAAGCUGCUGUGUGGGCGUUUGUUGAACUUGCUAAUUGUACUUAUGCUACAGCAUCUGCAGAUAAAACAAUUAAAUUGUGGAGAAAGGAUGGCGGAAUAAUAUCUACUCUCACAGGGCACACAGACUGUGUGAGAGGUUUAGCAGUGGCAAGCAAUGAAACAUUUAUCAGCUGUGCAAAUGAUGCUUCCAUUAAACUAUGGACUAAUACGGGUGAAUGUCUCAAUACAUAUUAUGGACAUACUAAUUAUAUUUACAGCAUCAGUAUAAACCCUGCUGUGGAACACGGUUUCGCGAGUUGCGGUGAAGACGGCAGUGUUCGGCUGUGGGCGGCCGGGGACUGUGUCAGGGAACUGAGACUGCCCGUGCAGUCUGUGUGGAGCGUCACUUGCUUAGAUAACGGAGAUAUUGUUACAGGUUCCAGCGAUGGGUUAGUGCGUGUUUUUACAAAGGACCCGGCUCGGUAUGCUGAUGAGGCGACACUGAAGCAGUUUGAACAAGAUGUUGAAAAGAUGAGUAUGGCCUCCCAACAGGAAUUUGGUGGAUUUAAGCUUUCUGAAUUACCAGGACCAGAAAUAUUAUUAGAGCCUGGUAAAUCAGACGGACAGACGAAACUCGUUCGGCGCGGUACAAAUGUUAAAUGUUAUUCGUGGAGUGCCAGCGCCAAUACGUGGAACGAGAUUGGUGACGUCAUGGGCGCUAAACCGGCCAGCGAAGGGAAGACCAUGUAUCAAGGACAGGAGUAUGACUUCGUGUUUAGCGUGGACAUAAAAGAUGGCGCCCCACCGAUCAAACUGCCAUUCAAUAAGACUGAAGACCCUUGGGUGUCGGCGCAAGCGUUUAUACAUAAACAUGACUUGCCUCAAGUGUACUUGGAACAAGUAGCUAACUUUAUAAUCACGAAUGCGAAGCUGGAUUCGUUGCCUGCUCCAAGUAAUGGUUUCGCGGACCCGUUCACGGGCGAGUCGCGCUACGUGCCGGGCGCCGCCGCCGGCGCCGGCGCGCCGCGCGCCGCCGCGCCCGACCGCCUCGUGCCGCACGACUCCUAUAUACGGUUCGAUCAAGCAAAUUUAAAAGCGAUAUACGACAAGUUAAAGGAAUUCAACAGCAAAGUGGGCGACGGUCUGACCGCCUUUACAGAGGCGCAAAUCGAAGAUAUUGUUAAAUUAGGUGAAUUGAAUUGUACAUUUAAUCCCGAGACUGUUACUGCCUUGAAAAAAAUGUUGGAGUGGCCGAAAGAAAUAUUAUUCCCGGUUUUGGAUGUUACUCGGCUAGCAGUGAGGAACAAAGAGAUCAACGGGCUAAUAUUUGACACUUCGUAUGGACCAACGUUUGUGCAGUACUUGCUUGCAUUAUUAUCACCCGAUAACCUGGCGGCGAACCAGAUGUUAGCGAUGCGGGUGCUCGUGAACGCGUUCAGCGACCUGCCUGGUGAGAUGCUCGUGCUGGCCGCGAGGGAGAGCGUCGUGCACUCGAUCAUCUGUCUCCCUCAGAUGAAUAAUAAUGCGCAGAUAGCCGCAUCGUCGCUGGCACUGAACCUGUCGGUGGCAUUGGCCCAGCAGACUGACACAACGGAACUCGUUGAUUGCAUCAUACACUUAUUGAAUAAGAUCAGCGAUAAAGAAGCUUACUUUAGAGGGCUUGUAGCGCUCGGCACCUUGUUAGCCGAAUCUCCAAACAAAGUGAUGAUACAAACGAAAAUCGUCUCAAACUCCCAACUCCACAGCAGACUGAAGGCUGACGGUUCCACUGUCGACCCUAAUUUUAAGAAAAUUAACACUUGCUCACUACAAAUACUGAGCAUGUUAUGAAAAAGUUUCUAGUACUUUCUAUUGAUUUUCCUGAUUUAUGCCGUUAAAUAAUUACCGAAAGACUAAUAAGUGCCCACGCUCUUCCGAAGCUACAGAUAUCGUAAGGAUACGUUCAAAAGAAUGUUAUCUGCUUCAUUUAAAAAUAACUGCGA